CUCCCGGUGGCGGCACUCGCGGCCAACCGACGUCGCGGCACUAGCAGCCGGUCUUGACUGAGACAGGCGAGGAUCGAGCGCCUCGUGGCCGAGCAUGGCGGGCUCGCUGCCUCCCUGCGUGGUUGACUGCGGCACCGGGUAUACCAAGCUUGGCUACGCAGGCAACACUGAGCCACAGUUCAUUAUUCCGUCAUGUAUCGCCAUCAGAGAAUCUGCAAAGGUAGUUGAUCAAGCCCAAAGGAGGGUGCUGAGAGGAGUUGAUGACCUUGACUUUUUCAUAGGGGAUGAAGCUGUGGACAAACCUACCUAUGCUACCAAGUGGCCUAUACGACAUGGCAUCAUUGAAGACUGGGAUCUUAUGGAAAGGUUCAUGGAACAAGUGGUCUUUAAGUAUCUUCGUGCUGAACCCGAGGACCAUUAUUUUUUAAUGACAGAACCUCCACUGAACACACCAGAAAACAGAGAGUACCUUGCAGAAAUCAUGUUUGAAUCAUUUAAUGUACCAGGACUCUACAUUGCAGUACAGGCAGUGCUGGCUCUUGCAGCCUCAUGGACGUCCCGGCAAGUUGGUGAGCGCACACUGACGGGAAUAGUCAUAGACAGUGGAGACGGUGUCACCCAUGUUAUCCCAGUGGCAGAAGGUUAUGUAAUUGGAAGCUGCAUCAAACACAUCCCAAUUGCAGGUAGAGAUAUUACGUAUUUCAUUCAACAGCUGCUAAGGGAGCGGGAGGUGGGAAUCCCUCCUGAGCAGUCACUGGAGACCGCAAAAGCCAUUAAGGAGAAGUACUGUUAUAUUUGCCCUGAUAUUGUCAAAGAAUUUGCUAAGUAUGACAUGGAUUCCCGGAAGUGGAUCAAACAGUACACGGGGAUCAAUGCGAUCAACCAGAAAAAGUUCAUUAUAGAUGUUGGUUAUGAAAGGUUCCUGGGACCAGAAAUAUUCUUUCACCCUGAGUUCGCCAACCCGGAUUUCAUGGAGUCCAUCUCGGAUGUCGUUGAUGAGGUCAUACAGAACUGUCCCAUAGAUGUGCGUCGGCCGCUGUACAAGAAUGUCGUUCUUUCUGGAGGCUCCACGAUGUUUAGAGACUUUGGACGUCGUCUACAGAGAGACUUGAAAAGAGUGGUGGAUGCCAGGUUGAAGCUGAGUGAAGAGCUCAGUGGGGGCAGAAUAAAGCCUAAGCCUGUGGAGGUGCAGGUGAUAACACACCAUAUGCAGCGCUAUGCUGUGUGGUUUGGAGGUUCCAUGCUGGCCUCAACCCCGGAGUUCUUCCAGGUCUGUCACACCAAGAAGGACUAUGAGGAGUAUGGCCCCAGCAUCUGCCGCCACAACCCUGUCUUCGGAGUCAUGUCCUAGUGUCUGCCUGGGCACCAUCGUCUGACAGUGUCAUGUUGGGAAUAAGUGUCCUUCAGAACCCAGAGCAGCCGGGCUCCUGUAGAUAGCAGUGCAAGCAGGGUGCUCUCACCACCAGUGCGUGGGACUGGCUGCAGUCCUUCCCGUCAAGCCAUCUAUCCAGUUACUGUUCGUGGCCCUCCCCCAUUGUCCUCCCCCCUUUUCCCCCUUCCCCUCCCACUUUCUCUCCUUUCCAUCUGAGCUUCUAGUUGAAAAGUACAGCUCUGAAGAAGUUCCUCGCAACCUUAGAAACUACUAAAGGAACCAUGAUGCAAAGCGGUUUCUCCAGGAAAGAAUGUGGGGUGGACCCCUGGCCUUCUCAGCCUAUUUUUGUAAAUAAAAUGUUAUAAACUUGAAAUACAUGUUUAUAUUUCCUAUCAUUUUGUAUUUUAUGGUAUUUGGUAUAACCGACUGACACCAAGCAUGAAUAAGUCUGGAUGUCACGGAGUUCUGUAAUAAAGUGUUUAACUGUGAGGCAUGUUCUGAUGUGUGUAUAGGCAAACAAAGCAGCAAGCUUUAUGCCACAUGCCUGCUGGGAAACGAUCACAUGUUAUCGGGGGUGAUGUGAAGUCUGGACACUAACCAGUGUUGGAUGAGCGUUGCUCCAGAUGUGCCUGAGCUUCCUGGGCUGUUUUAUAGAAGAUGACAGACGGGCCAAUGUUGCUGAUGUUGGAUGAAAUGCUAGCCACACUGUUGUAAUAAAAGCUGCUAGAA